CUUUGCAUCCUUCCAUGAGAGCAGCAGCAUGGUCCUGGUGGUGGUGUACAGCAUGGUGUGUGCGCUGGGCCUGCCGGCCAACUGCCUGACCGCGUGGCUGACGCUGCUGCAGGCGCUGCAGGGCAACGUGCUGGCCGUCUACCUGUUCUGCCUGGCGCUCUGCGAACUGCUCUACGUGAGCACGCUGCCCCUCUGGGUCAUCUACAUCCGGAACCAGCACCGCUGGACGCUGGGCACGCAGGCCUGCAAGGCAGCCGCCUACAUCUUCUUCUGCAACAUCUACAUCAGCAUCCUCUUGCUGUGCUGCAUCUCCUGUGACCGCUUCCUGGCCGUGGUGUAUGCGCUGGAGAGCCGAGGCCGCCGCCACCAGAGGACAGCCAUCCUGGUCUCUGUGUGUGUCUUUGUUACUGUGGGGCUCGCUUACUACCCGGUGUUUGACAUGGAAGUAGAGAAGGACAGCUGCUUCGAGCCAAUGCGGAUGAACGAAAAGAUCGCGGGCUACCACUAUGCGCGGUUCGCCGUGGGGUUCGCCAUCCCCCUCUGCACCAUCGCCUUCACUAACCACCGGAUCUUCAGGAGCAUCAAGCUGAGCAUGGGCCUGACUGCUGCCCAGAAGACCAAGGUGAAGCACUCGGCCAUAGCAGUGGUGGUCAUCUUCCUGGUCUGCUUCGCCCCCUACCACGUGGUUCUCCUCAUCAAAGCAGCCUCCUUCUCCUACUACAGAGGAGACAGGGUCGCAGUGUGUGCCUUUGAAGCCAGCCUAUACACAGCCUCCGUGGUGUUCCUGUGCCUGUCCACGGUCAACAGCGUAGCCGACCCCAUCAUCUACGUGCUGGCCACAGACCAUUCUCGGCAAGAAGUGUCCAGAAUCCAGAAGGGGUGGAAGAAGUGGUCUGCAAAGACAGAAGUCACCAAACUCACGCAUUCCAAGGACUCAGAGGAGAUGCACUUGCCGGUGGUGCUUGCAGAUGGCUGCACAUUGCCCCCGACUGUGAACCCUCCAGGGCCACAGCCAGCUCGGUGGGGUUCCGUGCACACCUCAGAGAGGCUGGUCGAGGAGUCCUGCUGAGCCCACUGCACUGCAGGGGAGGCCUGUAGGUGUGGGAAGCCGGGGUCGGAAAUGUGGCCACAGUGUCCACAGGCUGGUGACAGAUGCCCCUCUCAAGGACACCCUGUUGUUUCUCAUUCCAGGCCCCCCAUUCUGUAAGCCUCUGCCCUUGGGUGUCCUUCCCCUAGGGUCUCCAACGUGGGAGGUGGCAGUGAUGGUCCCAGGCUGCAGAAGCCCAGGGAACUCGGGCAUGGGAGACUCACAGCUUGUUCUAGCAGGCUCCUGGGCCACCGGCCAACCGCAGGGCUGUCAGCAGAGCUCUGGGCGAUGGCUUUGUUUUCUGUGCUUUUCUGCGAGCGCUGCUGGGUGACCACUGCAGUGCAUCCUGGGCUUUCCAUGCUUCUGCCUCAGGGGUCUCUGCAGGCCACACUGAGGGGCCCCGGCACCAGCACAGUGCCUGGGUUGUGGCACAGCCCGGGAGCAGCAAGGGGUGGGAGUCCAGCCCUGAGGGUCCUUGUCUGGGCUUUCUGAGCUGGACAGACACAGGCUGCCAGGGUCCCCUAAGGGAGCCAUGAGGGAGGGUGGCCAGUUGCUGGCUCCCGUGUGUCUUCCACAGGGAGCCCCAACACUCAUGUUGGGAAUACCAGUCAGCCGGAAAUGCUGGUGCACACACCAGAAGGCUGAGGCACAGCUGCCCCAGAGAACGAGGAUGCUCGGAAUUCUUUUGCAUGGAGACUUCCUGGCUUCAUUGUUGCAGGGGAAGAGCCAGGGGCUGGGCCAGGUUAAGUCAGCAGCAAGCAGUUGACCACCCAACCCUCACCAGGGCUGGAGUACAGGGGAACCCUCGGCUCUCGCAGACCCCAGCUCUGCUGCUGCUGAGCCUUGUCUGGGCCAAGCAUGCUGACGCUUGGUCUCCCCAUCCGGAAGGUGGGAAUGAUGACACCUACCUCACUGGUCACUGCUGGGGCUGACCCUCCCACCUGCCUGACACCCCUGCCUCAGACACUUCUCACACACUCAGAGCACCAGGGCAGGAGCCUGAGCUGAGCAGUGGAACUGCCUGGACGCAGGGCCGGCUGCCCGAGGCACACUUAGGCUGCUUCCCUGGGAGCUCACAGAGCCACUGUGCUGAUUUGGGGUCUCACUUCUGUAAGGCAGGUGGAGAUGGCUGCUCUUCGCUGUGAGAGACUUCUGAAAAAGAGAUACAGAAAAUACAUUUAGAAAUAAAAACACACAAUGCAUGUUCAUCCCACUUUGUAAAAGAAAGAACCCACCUUACCUAAGUGUUCUUCAUCUGGAAGUCCCUUGUGGGGGCCAGGUCAUGAGGAGGGUGAGCCCUCCAGAACUCUAGGAGUGCUGGCAGGGGUUCUGCAAACAGGAAAUUUAGGGGUGUGUGAGAGCAAAAAGACCCCGGAGAGGUCGCCUGCUGGUGUCCUGGGGCUGCUGUAACUGAUUCCACAGCUGGUGACUGAUCCCAAAAUAACCUUACAGUUGUGCAGGCCAGAAGCCCAAGACCCAGGUGUGGCAGGGCACACCCCUCUGGAGGCUCUGGGCAGGGUCCUUCCGGCCUCUUCCAACUGCCCUGGCUAAAGGGCUCCCCAGCUUUUGGACAUGGCUCUAAUGUCCAUGUCCAGAGACAUGCUGUCUCUGCAUUGCUGUCCUUUCUGUCUCCAAUGGCCAUGGGGACACCACCCUGCCUGCUGGGUUUAUACCUGCCUGGUUCCCUGUGCUCCUGGUCCUGUAGCAGGACCUCACCACAGAUCCAGCAGGGAACCUGCCUCACAGCACCAGGGUGACCAUGCUGCCUUCCGUCCUGCCUCUCUCCACCCCUGAGCUGAAGAGGCAGCCAGCCUGUGAUAAAUGGCCCUGAGUGCCUUAGGUUCCGGUGCCCUCACACUCCUGAUACCAGCGUUUUAAUGCAUGGAGGCGGAAGCUGGUCCAUGCAGCACGGUGGGUGAGCUUUGCCUCCUGCAACGCCAUGGUACCCGUGGACCUCCCUGUGUCCGGAGA